AUGAACCAGUUGCAGCAGAGUACCCCCCGAGGAGGCGAGAGCGGGGAAGACGAUGGCAAACGAGCCGCAGAAGAGCAGAUGCGAAGAGAUCUUCUGGCAACCGUCCUGGACUCUGCAGCACGAGAGCGAUUAUCGCGCAUUGCCCUCGUCAGUCCACAGAGAUCGCAACAAAUCGAGGCGAUUCUAUUACGAAUGGCCCAGACGGGACAGCUACGGGGGCGUGUCAGUGAAAACCAGUUGAUAGACUUGUUGGAGCAGGCAGAAGAUGCGCAAUCUAAAGGGGCCCCGAAGAAAGGUACUAUUGUGUUCCAACGGAGAAAGGGAGGCGUCGACGAUGAUGACUUUGAUAUCUAACAUCCCCUCUAACUGCCCUCGUCUGUGUCAUGCUGUGAAUAUGCUCUCCUGCAAGCUCCAAUCUGCUUUCAAUGCUGAUACUCGGAAUGGAGAUGCUUCCGAAAGGUGCAUUAUCUAAAACCAACAAUAGUCGACAGCUCUUCAUCGACCAAUGGUUAUGAUGCUGAAAGCUACCAGUCGCGCUGCGCCGAUAUAACACCUCGCUCUCAGGGCCCCUCCGUCACGCGACAUUCAGACCAUUACUCUCCUGGGAACUGGAGACAGCAUAGUUACCUACUCAGUCCGAGCUCCGGGAUCGAUGUCCAGGAAUGCUUGCCCAAUCAGCGCCAGGGUAUGUGUGUCGAUGGCGAAAAGCUAUCUUCUACACACCCCCCUCUAUGCAAUGUCUGAGACAA